AAAAUAAACAGUAAUUGAAUACCCGACCCAGCACUCCAUUGCGGUUACUGAGCUCAAAAAAGUUGAUAAAGAUAAAGAAAAGGGAAGAAUCAGCAACAACAAGCCCCUUUUUUCUUUUGGGUUUCUUCAUACCUUUAUUGUCUGCCCUUUGAUCUCGGUUUCUAUCUGGUAACUUCUCUAUCUCUAUUUCUUCUCUCAUCAUGCUUUAACCGGAACCUUUAGUUUACUUCAUCUCUGUGUUACAGGUAAAUAGUUGAUUAUCAUACGAUUGAAUUUGAUUUCUCAGUCGAUUGAAUUCACGUUCUCCGAUCGUUUGCUCUCAUUGGAGAAUCUUGCAUUGAGGCGAAAACCCAUAAAUUUUUUUAUUGCUUUCAGGUUGAGAUUUUUGAAGAGACAGGGAAAUGGGCGCCGCUAUGGAAAUUGGGGUUCGGAUGAGGAGGUUUCUUGCCAUUUCAAUCAGAAGAAGUUAUAAAUCAGUUUGCAAUCACCCAUUUCUCGUGGGUAUGGUGUGUUUCUUGUUAUUCCUGUACAGAUCAUUUCCAUUUUUGUUUUCCCUUUUGGUCUCUGCCUCCCCCGUUUUAGUGUGCACUGCCGUUUUGCUUGGGACAUUUUUGAGUUUUGGACAAUCAAAUAUACCUGAAAUUGAAGAAGAAGAAGAAGAGAAAGUUUCCCAUGAGAUUGCAUCUCUAAAAUCCGGAGUUGUAGGAGAGGACAGUGUUGUUAUUAGAGAUGAGAGUCUUGUUGUAGAGAGAUUUAAUGGGGAGAAAGGAGGUAUAGUAGAGAAAUCUGAUGAAGAAAUUAGUCCAUUGGAUGAUGGACUUGAUAAGGUCGAGGAAGAGGAUGGUUCAGCUGGUUCAACACUCCUAAUUAAUGAGGGUUCCAGGGAAAUUCAGUUAGAGAAGCCAGCAACUAAAGAUGUGGAGGGGAAAUUCAGUGAUUUGCUGAAGAAUAAGGGAACUCAACUUGAAGCACAUAUGGUUGAAAGCAUGCUGACUGACAGUGAGGAUCUUGAGCACCAUUAUUCUUUAAUUGCAAACAUGAAAGAUGAGAAUAUUGAUAAUGAAGAUGAUGGAUUUUUCGGAGAGUCUUCUGCUGCUCGCAUGGAACAUCAGUGGGAUUCGUCAUUGAAACAGGCAAAAGAUCACAAUGAAGAGGAUGCCAACUACGACGAUGAAGAGGAUGAUGAGUCUGGAUCUGAUGGAGCAGAGAGUUCUUCCCCAGAUGCUUCCAUGGCAGACAUUAUUCCAUUGCUUGAUGAGCUCCACCCACUCUUAGAUGAUGAAGCUCCACCUCAUGCUCAUUUAUCUCAUGAUGGAUCAUAUGCUGCUUCAGAGAAAUCUCAUAAAAGUGACGAAAGCGGUGAAGAGACAGAAGAUAUGGAAAAUCAGGCAGAAGAAGAAGACGGUGAAGAUGAAGAGGGAGAAGCAGCGCAGGAAGGUAAGGAGGAUGGAAGUAAAUCUGCAAUCAAAUGGACAGAGGAUGACCAAAAGAACCUGAUUGACUUGGGGACUUCAGAGCUUGAAAGGAAUCAACGUUUGGAGAACCUCAUUGCUAGGAGAAGAGCUCGUAAAAAUUUGAGGGUGAUGGCUGAGAAGAAUCUCAUAGACUUGGACAGUGAGGAUAUUCCUCUUAGUAUUCCAUCCAUUGCAACAACAAGGCGCAACCCCUUUGAUAUCUCUUACGACCCCUAUGACAAUGUUCCUGGGUCUGCUCCGUCCAUAUUGUUGCCAAGACGAAACCCUUUUGAUCUUCCUUAUGACUCAGGCGAGGAAAAGCCUGAUCUCAAGGAGGACAGUUUUCAACAAGAAUUCACAUCAAUGCAACCAAGGGAACCGAUUUUCAGAAGGCAUGAAAGUUUUAGUGUGGGGCCAUCAGUUUUAGGGGGUCCUAGACAAGAGAGGCAAGAAUUCAAAUGGAGACCUUAUUUUGUACCAGAACGAUUUGCGACAGAUGAAGCGGGCUAUCCUUCAUUCCAACGGCAAUUAAGUGAUGUUAGUGAAUCUAAGGCAAGUUCUGUUCCUGAUACUGAAUCAGUGUCUUCAGCCAUGGAGGAUGAGGGAAAGAAGAACAAUGAACACUAUUUUUCUCAAGAAACUGAUGCAAUCUCCAACAUAGACCAUGCUUCUGUCCAGGUUGAACAUGGAAGCCAAUCAUCUGAAGUUGAUUCUGUGGAUAUUGAUCAAAUUGAGGGAAUAGAUGUUCUCCAUAAUGUUGAGGAAAUUACAUUGGGAGAUGUGGAAAGUCAUCAUGAGAUAUGGUCUAGCUUGUCUGAAGCAGAAAGGUUGCAUACUCCUAUAGGAGAAUUGUUAAGUCACCAUGAAGUUGAUUUGAGCUUACCGGAAGUGGGAGAGCCAGCUAUUUCAGUGGAUGUUGACACUAGUGAAAGUCAUUUGAAGACCGAACCAUUUGAGGAGGAAUGCACCAGAAGAUUGGGCCUGUCAUCGUUGUCAGAAGAAGAUGAAAGAACAUCUGAUGUUAGAGAAGAAGGAUCAACGGGUCACACUGGAGAAUCUGGCAUUUCAACACAACUUUCAAUUGAGGAGCCGGAGUUCCAAUUUAUAAGUGGGGUGACGAAUGAAAAUCAUCAUAGGGAGCCUGUUUAUGAUUCAAGUCCACCAGCAGUCGAGAACUUCCACUCAUUUUCCUCCAUAUCCUCUGAUACGCAAGCAGAGAUAUCUGAAACAGGUUCACCUCUGGUUUUGGUUGAAUCUGCUGAGGGCCACUCUAAAUUGCAUGUUGAGAGCACUCAGAUGGAUGCUGGUGGUCAUGAAGAGGUGCUCAUAACCUCCUCACAAGUGCAUCUAAUGGAUGCAAAUGAAUCAAAAUCAUCAGAAGUUUCAGAUGUUCAUGAGCACGAUGUUAGAAAGGAUGAGUCAUCAGGAGUCAAUGCUAAUCGUGAUAAUGGGGAGGAAACUAUGGUGCCCGAAUCUGGAGUUGACCAUGUUAUAGUUGAUUCAGGGUCGUCUUCUGAUGGGUCAGGAGAUGAGUUUAUGAAUGCUAAGAAGGAGAACUAUUCUUAUGAACAGGAUCAAGUGAAUUCAUCAAGUGUUCAGGAGGGAAUUCUCAUUGGAGUAAACCCAGAUGUGGGUGAAAAUUUGCAUUCCACGACUUCUACUAAUCAUUUGACUUUGUCAUUGAUGCUUGAGCAUGUUUCAGUGGAUCGCAAUGUACCAUCUUCCGAGGCAGCAUCUGCAGAAGAGCAUGUGGUAGCGAAUGAAGAUGCCAUCAAUCGUGAGGGGGAACAAGUCCACUCAUCAUGUUCAUCAGAUAAUGAAGUGAUUCAAGAAGCCACGAUACAUAAGGAUGAAAAUGUUCAGCCUCAUCUGGAUAAAUAUCAAUCACCAAGUUAUGAUUCUCAAACCCAUGUUGAGGGCCAUCAAGAUGCGAAGCAGAAAGUGGAUGUGUUGGCUUUGAGUUACAUGGAAACUUCUGAUAAGCUAAAUUUGUCCGCUUCGGAGGAAUCAGAGCAUGUGGUGGCUGCAGUGCAAGAACAUCUUCCCUCAUCUGGUCUCAACGAAGAUGCAGAUGUGAAAAUACUUCCAUCAGACUUGAAUUCUCUAAAUAUGCUUCCUGGGGAAAAUCAUGUAGGUGAAUUGGAGAAACAGCCCUCGUGGUCAGAUAAAUCUGUGGUUGAUCCAUCGAUUGAUGUUCAUGAGCACCUCCCAGUAGGCCAGGAACAAUAUAAAGUCCUAGUAGACUCUCCAAGGGAAGUAGAUUCCAUUAAUGAUGGAAAUGAACGGGAACUUCAUCAUCCCGAGGAUGAAGUUUCAAAAAAUUCCUCCUCUAUGAUCUCAAAUUCCACCUUAGUCCCAUAUGAGAAUUUCAUUGACCAACCAUCCGCUGGUGUAGUAGGUAUGGAAGACAAGAUCCUGGACAGCAUUGUAUAUGAGGAUGGUGGUCAUGUCUCAGAAGACCAUCAUUAUCCAAUGGAAGAAUAUGGUUCUCCUAUUGAGCAAAAUAUCACCGGGGAGGCAGAUGAGUUGAGGGACAUUGAUGAAGGAUUUUUGUCAGAAUUGGACAUAGUUGGGGACUUUAGAGUAAAUGAAGUUGGUGAAUCAGUCCAUGGUGAGCAAAUACCAGAACAAACUAGUACUGGCAGUCAUGAAAAUGUUUUGUUUCCCGAAGACUCAGACCCGAGAGAUGCCAGCCAAGAGCUUCCGGUCCUUGAAGGUGGAUCAAUUGAGGGCGUUGACCUAGCUUUCACGCAACUGCAUGAAGGAACAGAUGUUAAAGAAGUCAUUCUUCCCGGUAUGGUUGAGGAUCAGCUUGUUGUGGAUGUUUUCGAACGUCAUGGACAAAACAAUUCAGGUUUGCCAGUUUAUGAGGCUAGAUCUGUGGAAGAUAUUGACGCUGCUAUUAAGCAGGUCUCCGAAGGUGAUAUGGAUGGAUUGCCAAAAUCGUCGGGUUCAAGGGAUGGAUCGGCAGAAGAAGGAAGCGAGCUGGGUCAUACCCAGCAGAUUGAAUCAAGAAACAUAGAAUCUGAUGUUCAAGAAACUAGUGUGCUUGUGUCUUCAGAAACAAAACAUGAACUUGAUGGAACUUCUGGGAACUCUAGUUUGAGUAUACCAGAUACAAGAUAUGAGAAGAAAGAAUCUAAAAAUGUGAGUUCUGAUUCGAGCUCAAGCUCAAGCUCCAGUGAUUCGGAUUGAAGAUGAAUAUGAAAGGAGUGCAUUUCCCCUCUUGGUUUCUUUCAUGGUGAUUGGUUUUCCUUCUGGUUUAUUGGCGUGGUUAGUGUUUUUAGUUUACUUCUUGAUUUAUUGAUUGGUUUCUUCAAGAAUGAGUUUUGGUUUGCUUUCUUGAAGUGUUAUUAUCUUUCCCUUUUUGUUCCACUACAACCUAUAGGAGUACAGCAGCUUGAAGCUUAAAUGUGAGAUUUUUAGAAUUCUUGAAUAUUGUAAAUGACAUGUUUUGCUUUUAUGAUUGAUUUUUUUUUUGG